AUGGCGGCGACCAUGAAUAACAACGUGGAUGAGGCUCUUUUGACAGAAGAAAUGGAAGAAUGGCAACCACCAAGCGAAGCAGAGAUGAAAAUAAUUGCUGCUCGUAGAGAAAGGUCAGACAAAAUCAGCAAAAUCAUGGGCGACUACCUUCUGAAAGGUUACAAGAUGCUGGGAAUCGUCUGUGAUGAAUGUUCCACUAUUCUGAUGGAGACAAAAGCCGGGGAAAAAUACUGCAUAACAUGUAAGGAAUUAGAUACAGACACAGACAAAGACAAUCCAGUCACAAAUCCAACUGCAGCUCGAUCUCAAGUUUUUGAAGGUAGUCGUUCAACACUGGAGAGCUCCUCUGCUGAAGAUCAUUCAGUCAGUGGAAGGAAUCACUCCUCCCUAACAUCAAUUCCAUCAACAUUUGGCCAGCCAACUGCACCACCGUCCACAACAAGGGCAGAGAUACAUCAUGUAGAUAUACCCCCAAUCCAUCAGGGUACACUUUCUUCCUCCUCCCACAGUAUCCCAGCCACAGGGGCAAUUGAUCAAAUCCAAGGAGAUGCAGUGGACAGUCUGUGUGGCAAACUUCAGUGGGCAUCAGAACAAUUGAAGACUGAGACAAACCUCCAAAGAUGUACACAACUUUGUGAACUGAUUAAAGCAAGCGCUGAUGCCAUUCGUAGCCUCAAGGAUUUAUGAUUUGUGUGAUUACACAUUAUGUUAUUAAGUAUGAUGUGUAAUGUCAUAUUGAAGCCUGAUGGAUUCUGUCUUGUGGAUGACAAAUUUGUUUACUGUGGAAAAAAUCUGUCUCGGGAGAAGAAAAUUAUGCUUUUAUAACUAUAAAUCCAAAGCAAUGAUUGCAUGACUUAAUGAAGAUAAGCGUUAUAGGGGUAGCUCUUCAAAGAAAUCUUUAAAACAGAUUUGGAUAAAACAUACCGCUUUAAUGAUGUAGUUUAUCAGCAGAUAAAACUUUGAGAACCUCACAUUUGUAUUAAGGAAGUAUAGAAUUUAUCUAAUCAUUUUUCCUUGUCUUUAGUAAACCUCUUAACCAUUUUACUCAUUUUUUUGUAGAUUAAGAAAAAGUCAUUGCCAUUUAAGACAGGAAAUUUUUCAACAGGUCCUUUAUAACUUUAGUUGCCAAAGACAAUUGUAUUUAAUGUUAUUUCGUGUUAUCUAUUUCACUGAGACAUCAUUUUAUUUAUAAGUUAUAACAAAGAAAUGAUUAAACAACACAUGAUGAUAAUUCAAGGAAAAAUAAGAAUGAUAUUUAUUUCAAAAACUGUAUUACAAUAUAUAUUCAUAUACAUAUCAUAGGUAUAUAGCAUAACAGAACAGGCCUGUUAUAGGAUCAGAAUUAUUCUCAAAUGAAAAGUCUUUUUAACAGGUUAUAGUGAUAGUGACAAAAACAUUUCUACUGCAUAGAAAGGUUUGCAUCAUUUCUGUGGGAAGGAUCACAAGGAAAAGCAAUAUAAACCUAGAAACUUCUAUGGUCAUGUGUACAAAAUGGAUCAACACAUCUAGAUAUGCUGGUGUGGUACUAAAUAUGUGCACAAAUAAAGUAAUGAAGGUGUCAAUUUUAUGUUUCAUAUUCUAGAUGAAUAAUUUUUCAACGUGUAGAAGUUUCUCUUUGGUUUGAUUUUUAUUCCUUGUACAAUAAUGCUUUCCUUAUAUUAAAAUAAAAUGCUUGAUAGUUUAAUGUCAGAAGUAAAAUUAUUUGUAUCAAGGUGACAGGCCUCUGUACUUCAGCAUGUUUUGAUUGGCUGAGAGGACAAACUCCUUCGGUGCUUCAUACCCUCACAGAAAUUAGUCUGUGCAAUAAGAAGGUCACACUUGCUAUUGUAAUAAUCUGAUUUUUAAUUGGAUUUCUAUUCUUUAUUUACUUUGAUGGUAAAAACCAAAUUAUUUCUAGUAAUGAGUUAAAAUAUCUCCAUGUAUUUCUGAAAUUGUCAGUUUUGCAUAUUAAUGAUGUAAACAAAACACACAUGCUACAGAACAUAUCAAUUUAACUAUGGAAUGAAGUAAAAAGAAGUCACAAAAACUUGAAGUUGUUAUUUAUGAUAUUUCUUUUACUCUCUCUAGUUAUUUUCAAAAAAUACAAAAACAGUUUCAAAAGCCAGUGUUUUUUUUUUGUAACUUCUGAAAUAUGACUUGAGUGAAAGAAAUACCAUAUACAUAUACCAAAGAGUUUUUCAAAAAUAUGUUCAUUAAAAGAUCCCAGGAUAACUUUGUAUAUUUCCACAUCCUGCUGUAAAAUUGUUUUCUUUAAAUUUGUGGGCACUCCAAUUCUAGGAUUAAGGUUGAUAUUGAUUUAAGUUGAUUUGGUGAGCAAGAUUUACCCAGGAAAUCAAGUACAAAGAAAAUGUAUAGUUUUGGAAAACCACAAAAUUCCACUGUAUGAAAAAAUUGUUUUUACAGCUUGUUGUUUGUGAACAUUCUUUAUUAACAAUAAAUAAGAAUUGUGAAUUUUGGA